CUGCUCUUCGUGGUGCGAUAAGAUAAGCGCACCCCACCCCCACCCACUACGGCACCGAGCAAGUCCCGCCUCACCUCCAACUUGGCAUCACGACCAAGCUGAGGACCGACUUCGUAACCGUCUCUCCUUCUUCCGACAAUCCCACCCCAGAGCAACACCACAAGAAGAGAAAAGACAAAGAACCGCAAAAAUGGCAACCGAAAUCCUCUUCGCCAAAACCUUCCUCUCCCUCCUCGACGGCCGACCGCCCAAGAUCUCGCCCGACCACAUCGAGGACCCGCGUACCUACCCAAGCCAUUCACCUUACACCCUCCCGCGCCACGCCUCCCAAAAACCCUUCUCCAAACCCCCCCCAGCAACCACAACCACCCCCUCCGACCAACCCUCCUCCACCACCACCACCGGCACCACAACCACGAAACAAAACCCCGGCGCCGCCCCCGCCACCUCCGUAACCCUGCGCUCGGCCCGCAACCCCCCCUUCGAGCUCACCCUGCCCGCCGUCGCCCUAACCACCUCGCUCGCCGAGAUCAAAGAGCGUGUGGUGGCCGAGACGGGGAUCCCGCUGGACAAGAUCAAAUUGUUGGUGGGCAAGAAGCCGGUGGGGGAUAGCAAAGUGCUGAAGGAGCUUGUUUCUUCUUCUUCUUCUUCUGGGGGUGUUGGGGGGGUGGAGUUGGGGGUGAUGGUGCUUGGGGGAGGGGCGGCGUUUUUUAAGGGGGUUGGGGGGGCUGUGGGUGGGAAGAAGGUGGAUGGUGCUGCUGCUGCCGGUGCUGGUAGUGGUGCUGGUGAGGUGGGAGGGGAGGGGGAGGCUGCGGUCGCGGCGCCGGUUGCGCAGGGGUUGAGUGGGGAGGGGGUGCUGAAGACGGAGGCGUUUUGGGAGGAUUUGAAGGGGUAUUUGCAGCAGAGGGUGCGGGAUGAGGGGGUUGCUGGGGAUGCUUUGGGGGUGUUUAGGGGUGCUUGGGAGGGGAGGUCAUAG